GCUUUAAUUAAAUUCUGCUUCAGUCUCGCGCUCGUGAUUGGUAUCUUCAUGAUAUGAGCACGGGUCUACUCCACUAAUAAUCCACAGGUGUUAUCUGUUAGGUCAGUUAGCGGCAAGAUUUGACCACCCCAGUUUGUAGCAAAGAUGUUCCGCUUUUUCAAUAUUCUGCCAGCCCCUCUGCAGAUGUGCGUGAGAUCAAUUUGCAUUCACCCCGUACCCGACGUUACUGAGGAUGAGAAAAGGGCGAAAAUUCAAAGCUCUAAUAUAGAACGAGAUUUGUUUGAACAAGCCAAGCUUGAGGUGAACGUGAUCAAAAUAUUGCUACUUGGUGCUACAGAGAGUGGUAAGAGUACCAUGGUCAAGCAGAUGAAGAUCAUCCACAGUCAUGGCUUCUCCAAGCCAGAGCUUAUUUGCUUCAAGGCUGCAGUGUUGGAUAACCUCCUGACCUCCAUGAAGUUUGUGCUGCGCGGCAUGGGACUGCUGAGGAUUAAUCUGGCCAACAAGAAGAACAGGGCCCAUGCCCGCUCUGUGCUGUCCUGUGGCCAGUGUUUCGGGGAGGACGGGGAGCUGCUGCAGUCUGUGGCCCUGUCUUUCUGUGCUCUCUGGGCCGACCAGGGUGUGAAAGCUGCAGCUGCCAGGGGCUACGAGUUCCAACUCAACGACUCGGCGCUCUAUUUCUUUGAGAACAUAAGUCGGAUCAUCUCUCCCAGAUACAUUCCCACUGAGACGGACGUCCUGCGGGUGAGAGUGCGAACCUCCGGAAUCAUCGAGACUCAGUUUCCAGUCAAUCACAUGGUUUUCAGGAUGUAUGAUGUGGGCGGCCAGCGGACCAAGAGGAGGAAGUGGCUCAGCUACUUUGACUGUGUCCGGGCCGUGCUGUUUGUUGUGGCGCUCAGUGACUACGACAUGACCCUGACGGAGGACCGCUCUAUGAACCGGCUACAAGAGAGCCUUGAACUCUUUACCUCCAUCUGCACCAACAUAGUUUUCAGAAGUACCUCAUUGAUUCUGUUAAUGAACAAAAGUGACCUCUUCCAGGAGAAGAUCUUAAACUCAGGAAGGCAUUUGCGACUCUACUUCCCUGUUUACAAAGGAGCCGACUGGGACGUGGAUGCUGCCUCGCGUCACAUCACUGCCAUGUUUGUGGCAUGCAACAGGACCCCCAACAACCGUGUCUUCCACCACUACACCACCGCCACGGACACCCACAACGUACGGGUGGUCUUCCACGUCGUCAUGGACACCAUCGUCAAGGAGAACUUGGAGGCGGUCUCGUUGCUAUAAGACUUUCUACAUUUUAUUGAUGGAUAUUUGUUUUUAUAUAAUUUAACAUAGGUAAUAUUUACUAAUAUGGAUGGACAUUCCUCAUUUUGGAAUUUUUUUCAAUAAUCAUGUUGGUGAUGACGUGUUUUAAUUCAAUAAAAUAUUGUACA